AUGAAUCCCCUUCCCCAACAUCUCCCACUCCUCAAUCCUCUUCCCGUUCCACUCCCCCACCUUCCCAACCUCUCCUACUAUGAAUCCACUUCCCUUCCCACACCCCCACCUUCCCCAACCCUUUUCCUAUGCAUGAAUCCCCUUCCUUUCCACUCCCCCACCUUCCCCAAACCUCUCCUUAUCAUGAAUCCCCUUUCCCCAACCUCUCCCACUUCCUCAAUUCCCCUUCCCGUUUCUCUCCCACCUUCCCCAACCUCUCCUACUCAUGAAUCCCCUUCCCCAACCUCUCCCACUCCUCAAUCCCCUUCCCGUUCCACCUUCCUCCACCUUUCCCCAACCUCUCCUACUCAUGAAAAUUCCCCCCCCAACAUCUCCCACUCCUCAAUCCUCCCGUUCCUCUCCCCACCUUCCCCAACCUCUUCCUACUCAUGA